AUGGCUCCUAAAAUGUUCUGUUCUUUUGUGUCCCUUCUCGUUGUCGUUCUAGCGAUUCAUCAACCCUUCACCGCUCACUCGAGAAGCCCGAAAUCUACCGAUCCAAGCCUCACUUCCUUCCAGAGUUUGGAGGGGGCUCUCAAGGGCCAGACCAAGCAAGGCAUCAAAGACGUCAAGCGUUACCUCAAAGCUUUCGGAUACUUGGACCACGGAGAGGAUGGGAACGACGUCGCCCUCAUGGACGACAGGUUUGACGAGACUUUGGAGUCAGCGCUCAAAUCUUACCAGAAAUUCUACCAUCUUAAAGUCACCGGAAAGCUUGAUGUCGACACCGUGAAGCAGAUGAGCGCCCCGAGAUGCGGGGUGCCCGACUUGGUCCAUCCUCGGCACGCAGGAAGGAAUGCCACUAAGCCUAGCAAGUUCCGCAUGGUAGCGCACUAUAACUUCUUUCCCAACAUGCCUAAGUGGCCGCCUUCCCAAACCCAUCUCAAUUACGCUUUCGGCCCGGUCCCCGGGGCCAUCCCACUGGAGGAGUUGAGAGGAGUCUGCUCGAGAGCUUUCCAGAGGUGGGCUGAUGUUACCAUGUUCACUUUCUCAGAAACUUCGACGGGCGAGUCGACCGACAUCGUCAUAGGCUUCUACAACGGCGAUCAUGGUGAUGGUAUUCCUUUCGACGGGCCCGGCAAUGUUCUUGCCCAUUCAUUUUCCCCGACCGACGGUAGGUUCCACUAUGACGCGGAUGAGCAAUGGAGCACUAACCCGAGCUCAACCCAAUUCGACUUGGAAUCGGUGGCCUUGCAUGAAAUAGGACACCUCCUAGGGCUUGCCCACACCCCCGAUCAGAACGCCGUUAUGUAUGCCAUAACGAAUCCUGGUGCUCUCAAAAGGGAUCUUCGACAAGACGACAUCGAUGGCAUACAUGCUUUGUACGCUGGGCAAUAG